GGAUGUAUUACGCGGCGCACUCGCCCCUCCCCUUCCGGUCGGGGCCACUCGGCGUCUGUAGUUCCACGUGUGCUCGCUUGGAGUGAGGCGGGAGAGUCGUUGCUCCUGGUUUUGAGUUUGUGGGGUCUGAAGUGCGGAGAUCCUCCGUGGCCUCCAGGACGUCAGCAUGCCUAAAGAACUCAUGGGUAGAAGCCCAGGACAAGAAAAAAAAAUCAUCCAUCCAUACAGUAGAAAAGCUGCUCAGAUUGCGAGACAUGCCCACAAACUAGAAAAGAAGGAAAGAUUGAAGCAUGAAAAGGCCUUACGUCUCAACCUUAUUAGUGAAAAACUGCAGUGGUUUCAAAAUGAGCUGGAUCCCCAAAAAGUGAGAUAUUCAAGGAAAGAUGCUUGUCAGUUAGUUGAAAGGUACUUAAAUCGGUUCAGCAGUGAGCUGGAGCAGAUUGAGUUACUUAACAGUAUCAAGGACAGGCAGGGAAGGCGACACCAUUCCCGGGAGAUGUUCAUCAAGCAGACAAUAGAGCGUGAGCGCCAGCAGUACGAAGGCUACGGUCUUGAAAUUCCAGACAUUUUACAUUCAAGUAGCCUGAAAACUUUUAGGGAAUGGGAUUUGGAUCUGAAGAAAUUACCAAACAUUAAAAUGAGAAGACUUUGUGCUAAUGAUGCAUUUGCUAAGAAACACAAGAAGGAAGCUCAAAAUUUAACUAUUGACAAAGAUUUAGGGCAGUUGGAAUUAAAAGGAGAGUCAAGUAACUCAGAUGAAGAAAUGACUCCUGUGACCUAAUUGUCCUUACUUGAGUUGAAAAUAAUAUGAGAACUUUAAGUCAUACUCAUUACCCAUAAAAAAUAAUUAUGUAGUAUUUGCUGUUCAACUUAUUUUCUCUCAUAAUGUGAAUUACAUUUGCAGUUUCAAAAAUGGUAUAAUUUAUAUUUAAAAAUGGAAAUUGCAUUUUAUUUAUAUUAAGUUGCCAAACUAGAAGAUAUAGUCUGUUUUUCAUUACUAUACCAAAAUACCAGAAGCUUGAAAACUUACAAAGAAGAGAAGUUUAUUUAGCUUGUGGUUUUGGAGGAUGAAGGUCUGGACAGCAAGCACAGUGCUAGCUCUGGCAAGGCCCCCUCUUGCUUCUGCAUUCUGGGUGCUUGGUGUUCAUGGUGGGAGCGCACGAUACAGGGAGAGAUCACAUGGCAAGACUGGAAGCCAGAGAAUGGAAGGAGCCAGUAAAGAUACUACAUCAGGCUCUGUCUCCUAGGGGUCCAGGAGAGUUAAAUGAUUUCAGGUUAGCUCCAUUUGAUGUUACAUUAUUUUUUGCUUUCUCAUUGUAAAAGGUGACAGCUUUUAUUCAGCCCUAAAAGUUGAGAACCACUGAUUAUAAUUGUUAACUUUUUCUUCUAGCAGCUAUAUUAAAUUUAUUACAGUACUUCAAAUGUCCUGAUAAACAUGAAUAUUCUAGAAUUUUGUUUUUCAAAGAGCUUACUAAAUACUAAUAUAUGUUUGUCUUUUAAAGGAUGCAAAUAUAUUUAAGUAUUUUCAAAAACAAAAAACAUGCUGUAUAAGAUUAGGUAUCAACUAAACUGUUAACAAUUUAUUCAAAGUGUUAUAACUUUUAUACUUCUGAAAAUUAAAAAUAAAAUUUAUUUCUAUAAUCUUA